GCGUUUAUAUGGGCUAAAGGCAGUACGGCCAAAUCCAUAUUUUUCAUCUAAUAUUUUUUCCAUAUAGCUUAGUAGAACCCCUCCCCUCGCUUAGACCGUAAUGGGUUGAUAGUUGGAUUAUAGUUGGUUAAUAGUUUUGUGAUGUCUUCCCCAGGCUGCCCUGGAUAUGAUGGCUAAAGACACAUGCUGGCUGAUGUGGUGGCCAUUAUUGGAACCCAGGACAUUGUGUUUGGAGAAGUUGACCGUUAAGUUUAAACAAAAGACUCUUGUGUUGAUAACAAUGGUUCCCCUCUGAAGAGGGAUUUCUCCCCUCUCGGUCUUCACAAUCUGUCUGUCUCAGAUGAAGGCUCUGUCCGUAGCCUCACAUAGUGUAUUAUUUAUAUGAUCUGCAGUGACAAACUCGUAAUCAUCAUUGUGUGAUAAACCUAAUAACUAUUUUUACUGAUCUGUCAAAUGGUGUAAUUUUCUCAUGGUUAGUCUCUUGAAAUAUACUGUAAAGCACUUAAGAAUUUUUGGACGUGUGAUAUUUUCUUCCGAAAUGCCCCGUUCCACAAAACUAAAUGGACUGAGCUCGACCACAACUUCCCCCCCCUGCUUUACCGUGGCUUUUUUUGCAACACUACGUCAUCACCUCAAACCACUAACUCUUCAGCCCUGUUCAACCUACAUGCUUUUUACUAACUGAGCAGUCAGACGUCCAGUAAAAAAGCAUCUUGCUGCCUACUGUUGCUGUGUCCUUUUGUAUACCUGUUGCUGUGAUGGGAGGCAGAUUCCCAGUUCUUUCAGCUCUUCCUCUGUGGAUGAGCUUUGGCAGUGCUACGGCCCUGGGUGAGUCUCAGAUCUGCUAUAUCCUGGAUGCUAUCUUGUUUCUGUACGGUAUCAUCCUCACCGUGCUCUACUGCAGGCUCAAGUUUUUCCCACAGAUGGUUCCGGUGACUGGGGCUGGGACAGAAAAGCCAGCGAAACCGGAGGAGGGUAUCUAUACGGGUCUGACCCCUCGUGCUGCGGAUACCUAUGAGACCAUCGGUCAGAAGAAAAGAUUGAAGUAGCAGAGGGUGAAGAGUUAAAGAAGUCAUCUGUCAAAUCACUUUUGUCUCCAAAAAUUUCCCAGGCCUCUUAUGUAUUUUAUUUAACAUAGCUUUAAAUGUUUUGAGAGAAAAUGUAUACAUUUUUGAACAUUUACUUGCAUAUAUGUGAACCUCCUUUGUAUGUGCCGUAAGAGAGAGAAAUGUGAGAAGAUUAAAGGGGAAGUUGAGCUGUGGGUAAAAAUGCCCCACUUUUGACAGUGUGUAUGUCUUCUUUGUAUGCUACUUAUACUAAAGUUUCCUAGAUUUAGCUUGAGAUUGAUGUUUUUGGUAUUUUCAAAUAUUUUUCUAUAUAGAUUAAUACAGUUUUAGCAAAUAAUAUACUGCUUUUUUACUCUUGAGAUUUGUGUUCUGGGUGUACUUUAGGGAUUUUCAAAGCUUCUAUGGUGCUUCUAUAAUACAUUCUAAUAAAAUAUCAAAAUGA